ACCUGUUAAACAAUAGAAACUGGAGCCCCUGUCGCUUUGUUGACUCCUGUUUAUGACUUUAAAGUUGUCGGAAUGUUGCUCGCGCCGUGGUGUGAUUUGUCUAGUGAAUCGAGACCUUUCUUGACGCAGCGAGAAUAAUUGAUAACUAACCAAAACUAUUGGUAUUCAGUGGGCGCUUAUCUUGUUAUCAUUGAGGGAUACGAGUACAAAUACUUGAGUCAUGUUUUGUCGUGUUUAUCUUGCUUUACUAUGAGCACAGGAAUUCUUAAGCCCAGACAAAUCAAGAGAACCAUUCAGCUCGCUUGGAAAACUAAAACUCAGAUUUGGUGCGUUCUUUAAAGUCUACACAUUGUUUUGACUUUGGGACGAGUAAACAAUGGCCUUGGACGCUCAAGAACUUGACUUUCUUCGAUUCCAAAGAGCUCAAAUUGGCGAGGCCGUAUUGUAUCCUUUGCAUCGAAUAAAGACGGCUAUUGGCAGAUGUUUACACCGUGAAGAGGUUCGUCAAAUAAAGCGCUUUCUUGGUCAGGAAAUACGCAAUGAUAUCCUCGCUAAGGUCGUGAACAGUGAAGGUUUAAUGUCACUUUUGGAUGAUUGCUAUGGUUAUGAUAAUCUUCGUUUUCUUGAACGUCUUCUAAGCAAAGCUAACUGCCUGGACUUGGUAGAAAUGCUUCGUGACUGGAAAAGCAGCAGCAAUUGCUUAAACCCGAGGUUAUUCGAAGAAUUUGGAUACUUUCCCCUGUGGAUUAAAGUGAAUUGCACCUUCAAUGAAUUCGCCUCCCUGCGCCCGUCCAUCAUACAGACCCUGAGAGAUGCUUUCGCAGUCCCAGCCAUCGACAUCGGCGAGCCUGGGCUUGACCCAAUCAUCUUCAUGGGCGUGUCCAUCGGUAAACGGGACGUCCUGUUUUGUGCCCUGGUGCAGGAGCACAUACGACUGCAUAUUAGAGCCUCGUUGCAGUACAAGGAAAUCGUCUCCAUGCUCGAGGAAGUGAACAUAAGCGGUAUUUAUUUUUCUAGGAAAAGAAUGGAACGGGGUCAAGGGAGUUCCUAUUCGAGUUUGUCUUCUGCGAACGAGUCAGUUUUUAGUGACCUUGGUGGGUUGAGUGAUGCCGCCUUUGAGGUUUUUAGUCCAGUCCAAACGGAAGCCGACUUCGAUUAUGAGAAUGAUACAAAAAGAGACCUUUCAAGAACCAAUAAAAAGAAAUAUCAAGAUAAAGGCCAAGGCACUGAAAAGAAGCCCCAAAUCAUUUCAAAGCUCGAAGUGAAGGUCAGUUCUCCUGGCGUCGAAAGCGCAACGCAUUCCGAGAAAAAGUUGGUCAGGGCCAGUUAUGGGGUCGUGCAGAGUCUGGAUCUUGGAAAUGAUUUCCAAGAAAAGCCGAAAAACGAAAGUUAUGGCAGUUGCUUUUUUGUAGAUUAUCGGAAUGCGAAGCAAGUAAAGCAAAUCCAUACGCCUGGAAAAGAAUUGAAUAUCAAGGAUUUGCAAACGGACGAAGACAGAAAGCCUACAAAGACAACAAUAGGUUACGUGGAAAACCCGAAGUAUUUCAUUGAUUCAAGCCAGUUGACACAUACAGUUCCUGACACGAACGAUGAUAGUUUACAGAGCCAAGCCAGCGACUUCGCUGCGAAGAUACCUCAACCUGAACCUGAGGUCUGGUACGAUGCUUUAGACUCAAUGCCCAAUGACCCCCCUUCGAGAAACUACACAAAGAAUGAGUUUAACCCUACCCCGGAGCACGCUAUGAAGAGAGAAAGACAACCUUACGAGCUGUUCCGACAUUCGUCAAGUGGCCAUGAUUCACCAUCGCUUGAGAGAAAGUCGCACCCCCCAGAUCACGAGCUUCCAGCAUACAAAGAGAAGGAAGACCAAGUAAUUCCUAGCUUGUUCAUGCAGGAUGGCGAAGGGGGGGUUAAGGUGAGGGAAGGUAAUCCACGGCAGUCUAUUAUCUUCAUGCAGGACGGCGCUGAUGAUGCGCAAGCGGAGCCGAACACGGAUACCGAGGAUUCGGUAUUUGGAACGUUACCACGGAGACUGGAUUCCCAGGGGGAGAGGGGUAGUGUCAAAUUCAACAUCUCCCCUCCCCCCUAUGUUCCACCUCCCGGGUAUGAAGACAGCCUGAAGAGAAAGUCCCGGAUGUCACUGAGUGUUAGCAGUCUUGAUUCUAGGGGCAGUCGGGGCCGCAGCUUCCGCAGUCCUCUCCUAUCAGCACAGAGCAUCAACUCUAUCUACCGCGAGAAAGAAAUGUUUCUAAGCAGCGAUGAGCUAAAUGAAAGCAUCAGAUAUGCUGAGGAGAAGGAAUGGGAGAAAUUCAUCGAGAGAUCGCGUAACUUGAUAACUGCUGCGAAGAAUGGGGAUGAUAAUGAAGUUAAGGCUCUGAUUGACGAGGGCGCUGACGUCAAUUUCCAAAAUGAGCUUGGGCACACCGCUCUGAUGGUUGCCAGUAGGGAAGGUCACCUUAAAGUGGUUGACGAAUUGAUGGUGGGAGGAGCAGACCCCAACCUGCAGGAAAAGUUUGGGAAGACAGCCCUGCACGAAGCAGCCUGGAGUGGCCAGCAUCAUUUGCUACCUUCGCUCAUAACAACUGAUGCUAAUAUCAAUAUUCAAGACGAGGAAAAGCGAACUCCUCUGCAGUAUGCGACUCUUCGUGGCAAGAAAUUAGUUGUACAGACUUUGCUGCAGUACGGUGCAGACAUCACUAUAAAAAACACGGUCGGGGAGAGUGCGUUAGAGAUUGCUUAUUGGUGCAAGCAUAAGGCGAUUAUGAAGAUGUUGCUAUCGGCUCCAAAAGACCAGAAAACACGAAGGAAGAUGAAAGGAAAAAUUCGUAAGCAAAAAAUAAAGCGUAUCACUUCAUCGACUUCACUGCCUAAUCUGCAUAAGUCUGGGUCCGUCUCUCUGAAAGAUCUCGCUCGGUCUCGAAGUCGGCCAGAUCUACGCAAGAGAAGCGCUUGCGUUAUACAGUGAUAGCUGUAGAAAAGGUCAAUCAAUGACGACAAAGGACACAAGAGGCUGCAUGAUAAAUGUGUGAACUUAGAAUAGGUAUUUCCUAAAUCGGGGCCGCAGCAGGCCUCGAAAUAUUAGGGGGGGGGCAAUACAGAAACAUUAAGAAAAUAUUAGGGGGGCACAGCCACGCCCCUACUGGUCAUUUCGUUGUAGUUUUUGAAAAUACUGGGGGGGAGGGGCACGUUCCCCCAGUGCCCCACCCCUGGUACAGCCCUGUAAAUAGAUUGCUUUGAAAACGGUAGGGACAGUCAGGGCUGAUUUUAGCCUGUGAAGGUGGCUGGGCACCUUAAGUUGACUUAUCACAGAAGCUACUGCCGAUUUUAAAUAAGAGCAGGCCAGCAGCGUUCACUACUUUGUCACGGAGAAGGUUCCAGGUACGUAUUGUUCUUGUAGGAACGAAUAACUAAAGCCCAAUACAUUGGCCUGCAACUGCUGGCUAGUCCGGGGGUGUCUUCUAGAGCUUCUGAUAUUCAUAUUGGGUGUCAAAUCGUCUGGUGGUUGGAUGACCGUUACCCAUCUCCCGUUACCGUGCUAUAAAGCCCAAUAUCAUUGAUAGACAGGUUCCACACUCCUUUAAGAACACAGGCAUCCCCAACGCUAUUUGUCAGUCUAAUGGAGGCACUUAACUAUAAGCCCUUUUAGAUAAGAAGUCCAUGUUGGCCAUUAAUAACCAUACUCAAAACCCGUGAAAUCCCUAAUUGACUAUCAAUUAUAAAAAAGGUUUCAAACUUAAUGUGCCAUUUGGUGGCUUUUUACUUUGUUUAAAUGAUGACCCUUAAUCCCUUUUAAAGAUGUCAACAUUUCCAAUUAGAUGCUUUUUGCAACUUGAAAAGUGUCACACGUGACAUAUUGCACUGACAGUACCGAGAGCAGGCCACUAAUGAACAAGUGGAUUUGGAACAGGCAACAAAUAGCCUGACAUCGCAUUAGAGAAAAAAUUGAACCGGCGCCUUAGCCCUGUAAUUUUGGGCAUCCGUGCACUAAAAUGUUGAAAGAUUAUCUAUGGCUUGAAAAGGUGUCGGUCUUUGAGUAAAUACUGUUUAUACUGUUACUGAUUCCUUUCUUUUAGAUAUCUAUAUAUGUGCGGGAUUAGAAAAAAAUCACAGCUGACACCUUGCCCUUAAAAUGUCGAAAGAUUCGACGCGAGAAUGUUUGUAGGUUUUUAAGAAACCAUAUAUAGAGUUUCUAUUCCCUUCAUCUAAAAUAGAUAUCGUUUACAUUUCUAGAUCUUAUCUAAUAUUUCUCUCUUCCUUGUAUAUUUCUAAUUUCGUUAUAGUGUAUAUUUCUGGCUUAUCCCACAUGGCACAUCGUUCCCAUCCCCAUUUCCCCGUCACUUGUUGCUAUGACGAAGAGACUAUAAAUCUCUCGCCAAGUGAACUUUCGCUUAAUAGCUUUAAUAGCAGUGAUAUGAUUUUAGCAGAUCCUUCAGCACUCGAUAAGCCCCGACAGCUUUGUCUAAUUGACGGCAAGUUUCAGUCAAUGCUUUUAGGCUGGAAGGGAUAUUCUUUACCAAACGGCUUUAUUUAUCUCCCCUUAUCUGUCUUUUCAGCAUCCUCAAUCAAACUGCGAACUAAAGUAACCACUUGUAGGCCCUGUAUUGACAGGCAUCACAUCCCUGUGCUUACACGUUUUACGUUUUUAUACGCGUGAUGUAACUGACUUUAUGUAACCGCCCUGAAGAAGGACGCAAAAAAAGGCCGAAACGUUGGCAAAAUCUCGCUUCUGUUUUUGUCCUUCAUUUUAUCAAUUGACGUUUUUUUGCCUUUUAAUAGCAUGGAUUUGAUGUUGUUUCAUGGCGCUGUAUACUUAAUGUUUCUAAAUUAGGGGCGCUAAACAGUGUUGCUUUUAUGUCGACCAAAUAGAAAGACCGGGGAGUUUUUUUAUCAAAGUUUUCCGCUGUCUUGGUCUUUGAUAACUCAGAUUUUUAUAAAUACUCUUUCUAGAUUAAACAGAAUUCCCACUUUUUUAUUCUGACUCUUGUUUCAUCUAUAUGUGGACUCAUUUAUAUUUGGUAAGGAUUUUAAUUUACUUUGUACAAUAGAACAAAAUAAUAAAAAAAAUAUUGUUCUCGCCCCAUUUAAUCAAGAUUAUAAUCUAUCCCUCUUUCGAUACGAGAUCAGGGUUUGAUUCUAGCCUAUCAAAGCAAAACCUAAAAUGCAUUUAGCUAAUUGUAACAUCCUGGGGGUUAAUGGAAAACGUACUUAAUUCCUCUAAUCGAACUAUCCCUUGCAAUAUUUCAAACUAAAAUCUCUCCAGGGCAAAUAUCACUUGUGGCAUUUAUUUUCACUUAACACAAAAUAAUUAUACCCACGCAAAACACCAAAACAAGGCAACUGAUGUAAGGCAAAAUAAUUAUUCAUUGGUCUACCAUUAAGUGCAAUAGCAAGUAAAGUUACAGUAGUAGAUAAUAUAUUGUUCUGUUGGGAGUGAGUGAUGGCUUGUACAAAGAAUUGCGCGAAAAGUUGAACACUUUAGUAUAAUCCGUGCGUGUUAAUAGUGCGUGGGUGCGUGCGUGAUAGUUUGCGUGUGAAUUGCGUGUUUUUAUUUAAGCAUGCUUGGCCUGGUAUAUAGAAUAUUCCAUGUCAAUAAAAAAAGCUAAUUGCCAUUUGAUACUAUUUCUAGUAAUAGAAAAUCAACCAGCAUUUCAAAGGUAAGGAUGUCGUUUCUCGUAAAUAAUUAAUAAAGAUUCGUCUUGAGAGAAAGAGAAAGAGAGAGAGUUUACGCAUCUACUAUCGUGUUUAAAAGAAUAAUAAAAGGAAGAUAUUGAAGAUGUUAAGGACCCAUAGACAAAUGUUUUAUGCAGAUUUACGGUAAGAUUUUCUUAUUAACUUUUGGAGCUAGUGGAGAUAUAAAUAGUCUUUAAAUCCGCAAUAGUUCCUUUUUUAAUUUUAUUCUUGCCAGUCUAUUCAACCAAUAAAAAAGGAACAUAUA